AUGCCUAAAGAAUAUACUCACAUUUCAGAUAUAGUGUACUCUAUAACGUCAUUGGGUUCACCAAUGAUUAUCAUACAAGGGUUUAAAUUUUACAAACACCACGAAUCCCACGGCGGCAACAAGGUCCGAUGGACCUGCGGCUGUUUGAGAAGAAAAAAAUCGGUGUUUAACAGAUCGUCCAGUGGUACCCCCAUCCUUAAUUUCAAUGGCUAUAGAUUCGGGUUCCACAUAAAACGCGGCUUGAAGACCCGCUGGCGCUGCGGCAGUGCCAGACAUAAGAAAUGCAAGGCCCACAUCUACACAGUAGAUGAUGUUAUAGUCAAAUAUCAAACCGAGCACAAUCAUAAUCCACCAAAAACGUAUAGCAACUUUUAA